ACAGAAAUAUAUAAAGAUUCAUAGCAGAAAAUAAUUUCUCUCUCUCUCUCUCUCUAUCCUAUAAUGUUUCGAGUAAAGUUUGUAAAACAUAUUGAACAGAAUAAAAACCAUCGAACAUAUAAAGAACACCAACCAUCCUAACUCAACAAAGUGAUAAGACUCUCUUUCUUUCUCUCUCUCUCUCCAUCUCCCUCUCUUUCUCUUGCUUUUGUUGUCACUCAUCUUUGUUCUCUAUUAUAGUUUCCAUUCAAGAAAAUCGAAUAUAAACCCUACUACUUCGAUCGAUGUUCAUAUCUGUCUUUAUUUCAACCAACCAACGAAGAUAGGAUAAAAACAUAUCCACAAAGGCUAGAAACCAUGCGAAAUAACCAUUCCCUUCGUCUCCAAUUGUGGUUCCGUACACUAUUUACUGUUGGUGUAGUCACUCUUCUUAUGAUCGAUGCGUUUGUAUUACAAAACAACAAGGAGGACGACAAAACAAAAGAGAUUACUACAGCUGUGAACAUGAACAACUCCGAUGCCAAGGAAAUACAACAAGAGCUUGAAGAUGGUUCAAGGAACGACGAUCUUAGCUACGUAGCAAGCAAAAGAAAAGUGCCUCGUGGACCUGAUCCUAUACACAACAGGAGAGCAGGGAAUUCAAGACGACCACCAGGAAGAGCAUAAGUACGGUUAAAGCUUGGGUAAGAAGCAGAAAGAGAGAGAGAAGUAUAAUUGUUGGCAAAUUAAUAUAGGUCUUGUAUUGCUGCUAGAUUCUCUUUUCCUUUCAUUUGGGAUCGAAUCUUUUAAAUAUGCGCAAAAUAUUUGUGACCCUACAAUUCUGUUUUUUUUUUUUUUAAAUGUUUGUUUUGUUCCUAUAGUGAAGAAAUAUUGAGCUAGUUAGGGGAGGUUUUAAAAAAAUGAAGACACUGAUUAUUAAAAGGAUUUCAAGAAAGAAAAGAAGUAUACGUACAUGCAAUGCAAUCCUGUUUUCUCACGCAUUGCACGACUUAUAUUGGGAUUAUUUCUAAUUUGAUCCAUCAUCAAAUAACGUUUAGAUGCUUUAUUUCCUUACUCACAUUGUUUAUUGGGUACUUGCACUAAAUGAUCAUUAACAUUUAUUAAGUUAGGUAAAUAAUUGUGUACUCCUUUUAUGUGCAAAAACACAAAAUGGGUACUAUUUUAUUACUAACAUGCUUUCUU